GUGACCACAUCUUCCCUCGCGGUCUUGUUUUAGUGUAAGACACUAGAGCUAUAGCUAUCCUUUGGAACCCGAUGGCUUCUUCAUUGGUUCGUUCCAUACCCAUUUCGUUUCCGAGGAAAUCAUUGUGUUCUCAAUGUGCUCUAGAAUCUCUCCGCCCUUCGCUUCGUGCUUCGGCAAGUCCGAGCCAGAAAGCUCGGUUCGUUGCUCGGCGUAAGGAGUCGAUUUCGGUUCGGCAACUCGAACGUCCCCUAAUUGAAUACAUGCGGUUACCGGCAAGUCAGUAUUCUGUGUUGGACGCGGAGAGGAUUGAGCGUGUAAACGACAACACUUUCAGGUGUUAUGUGUACACGAUUAAGUUCUUUGCCUUUGAAGUUUGUCCAGUUUUGCUGGUUAAGGUUGAAGAGCAACCUGAUGGGUGUUGCAUCAAGUUGUUGUCGUGCAAGCUUGAGGGCUCGCCGAUUGUGGCUGCUCAGAACGACAAGUUUGAUGGUGAGGAUUGUUUGCUUUGCUGCAUGUUCAUGUAUGUUAGAAAGUUUUUAAAUUUUUUUUUCUUCCUUUCCUGA